UGCUGGCUCUUCCUUAUGGGUCCUUGUUUUUAUAUACUCUUUCCGCCUCUAGAGGGUAACAUACUCGAGAGAACCGACUUACUCACCACUCACAAGAGAAACUAGCGAUCAGUCAUCUCUCUGAGCAAGAGAGAAAGGGGGUGGGAAGGUUUUCUUUUUCUUCCGAGGCCAUGGAAAAGAAGAAGAAGGAUCCCAAGUUUACUUCUACUCCUGCUUCUGCUAGUCAAGAACUUGACACCAAUAGCGAACACUUGAGCAAGGAAGAACAGAACCAGUCAGGUGUCGCUUUUGCUGCCAAGAAUGCUGUAACUAGUAGCCCUUCACAUGAAAAUGCAUCUUCCUUAAGUCAACAAUACCCUUCAAUUAUGCAAUGGCCAUACACACCUCAACAUGCUGCGGAACAGUCCUUGAUUUCUAGACCCUCUAUUCCAACCCAAACACCUUCACCUGUCAUCCUAAACCGGUAUCAGCAAUUACCGCAUCAGCAGCCAUAUCCCAUCCAGCCACCGCCGCAUUUAGCCCAAUCAACCACUCCAUUUUGGCUUCCCCAGAGACCUGGUUAUCAUUUUAGCAGCACUAAUACCCCUGCCUCUUAUCAGCCACUCACUUCCCUAGGAACAGCUGAUGCUAACUGGCAAGUUUCUACCCUCAAUGGAGGAGGGACUUCAUCAAAUAACCAACAACAGAUGCCAGGUUUCUGUUACCACAUUGGAUACCCAUAUCCAGGAUUUCCAGGUCCUUGGGAUCCCUCAUCUUGGUGGUGUCAAACACAACAAUUGCAGCCUGCUUGUACCUAUGCUUACCCAGGCGCAUGCAGCUACUUUUCUUCACAGCCACCACCAUUGCCAGGCUGCUCGGCAACUGUUGAACAACACUUUCAAAGAGGAACAAUCCAGCUACCAGCAAAACUUUCUCAGAAGCACCAGCAACUCUGGGAGAGUCAAUCAGCACAGAAUGUUCAACUGUGGACUGUUAUUGGUCAGUUGCAAUCAGAAUUGGCUGAUUACAAGAGCCGCUUAUUGAAGUUAGAAGCAGAGGCUUCAUCUGCAAAAGUGACAGGGGAAGAGCCCACUUCUCAAACUAUUGGGACUGCUUUAGCUGGACAGACGUCAAAGAGAGGACGGCCAAAAAAACCAAUUCCUGCAGUUGAUGCACUACCUUCUUUGGAUGAGUCUCAUCCCCGAACUCGUGGUAGAAAACCUGCAGUAUUGAAAGUCCAAUCUGAUACCAGGACACUCAAUUUUGAGAAAGAAUGCCUAAACAAAGUGGAAGAUAAAGGAAAAGCAAACCACUCUAGUGCUACAACGCAACAAGAAGAUGAUGGAAAAAUGACAUGUGCCUUCAUAAACAGUAGUGACAACAUUGAGAUUGACAGAAGCAACCCAAUGAUGCCUCCAUUUCAUAGUCAAGUUCAUCAAGACAUUCCUGGAGUGCAAGUAAGCAGCAUUGGCCUCAAUUCCUCCUCAGACAUGAGAACAAGUAGUGAUAAGCCUGAGGACCCUAAAACUGCCUUCUCAAUUCUGUAUUCACAUGUUAGGCAGAUCAAAACUGAGGGUGCUUCCGGCACUUACAUAGAAGCUGCAACGAACCCCAAUCUUGGGUGGCCUUCAAAUAUCAGCUUUGAAGACUGUGGAAGAAAUGUGUUAAAUAUAAGCUCGCAAGGUUUCUACGAUAAUGGUGGUGUUAUCAGACAGGUAAGUAAGGUCAUUCCUGGAUGGAGUUUUGGGCAUGAAGAGGAUGCUUCUAGAGAUCUUGGAGAUGCCGCAAUAGGAGGGCCAGGGAAAGAUGUAGAUGUGGAGGAUAUGGAAGAUGCCAGCUCAGGUGCUGAAGAUUGCUCCAUCCGAAGAUGAAGGUGUCUACAACAUGGAUGCUCAACAGCCCACCAGCUGUAGAUCUUUGCCUCAAUUAAAGAGCCCGUGAUACUUUUUGCUUCAAUACUAGUUUUAGCUUACAAUAGAUAUUCCUGCUGGCUUGGGCAUAUUUCUUUCCACACGCACAAGAGAAAUAUGCACAAAAUUUUGUAGGAGAGCAGGAUCAAGCACUGGUAAAAUUGAAUAGACAUCACAGAUGUAGAUACUAUCUUGACCUCAAUCAUCUAUCCCAAUACAAAACUUUGUCCCUAAAUUGUUGUCAUCCUCUACUUUUGUGCUCAUUCUUCGUUAUCAGGGAAUCGUAUGUUUAUUCAAUAUUUCACCUACAAGCUUUAGACCAUUCUAGUGAUGGAGGUUCAAUAUUCCUCUGAGGCUUGACCUGAUUAAGGAGUGUUAGAUGAUGGGAAGACAUAAUGACUUGUUGACAUUGUUGGGGUUGUUUGGUUAUAGAGAAAAACAUAUCUUUGGAAA